AUGAAGACAGAAAACUGGACCCAGGUAACAGAAUUUGUACUUCUGGGUUUCCCUAAGAGCUGGGCUCUACAAGUCAUGUUGUUCCUGGGGCUUCUGGUGACGUACAUGGUGACUGUCACAGGGAACUUACUCAUAAUCGUGCUCAGUUGGUCUGACCGCCGCCUGCACACUCAGAUGUAUUUCUUCCUGAGAAAUUUGUCCCUGUUGGAGAUGAUGCUGGUCUCUGUUGUAGUCCCCAAGAUGCUGGUCAGCCUCCUCACCAGAGACUAUACUAUCUCUUUUGCUGGUUGCAUCUUACAGUCCUACAUCUAUUUCCUCCUGGGCACCACAGAUUUCUUCCUCUUGGCUGUCAUGUCCCUGGACCGCUAUCUGGCCAUCUGUCGUCCAUUACACUAUGAAACACUGAUGAGUGGUCCUAUCUGUUCCCGGCUAGUGCUGGCAUCCUGGCUUGCUGGAUUUCUCUGGAUCCUUUGGCCCACUAUCCUCAUGGCUAGUCUGCCUUUCUGUGGCCCAAAUGGCAUUGAUCAUUUCUUCUGUGAUAGCUGGCCACUAAUGGAACUCUCUUGUGGGGAUACUCAACUUCUGGAACUGGUAGCUUUUCUUCUUUCUGCAGCUUUGCUCCUGGGCUCACUGACUUUGACCUCCAGUUCCUAUGCCUUUAUUCUUGCCACUAUCUUUCGUGCCCCAACAGCCACUGAGCGGAAAAAAGCCUUUUCUACCUGUGCAUCACACCUCACGGUUGUGGUCAUAUUCUAUGGCAGCUCCAUCUUCCUGUAUAUCCGUACAUCAGAGGCCCAGUCCAUGCUCCUUAAUAAGGCAGUCUCUGCCCUGAAUUGCAUCAUUUCUCCACUUCUUAAUCCAUUCAUCUUCAGCCUCCGUAAUGACAAAGUGAAGCAGGCCUUACGUGAUGCCAUGAGGUGGCACAGAACCAUGGGCACAAGAUCAUGA